CUGACUGUACUGUCAAGUAUUUAUCUAUGCUAGAAUCCCUUGAAUCUUAAUGGCUUAGAGAAGAAGAUACCUUGGUCCAGCAAUCUGCCAACAUGUCGCCUCUAUUUAGUACCCUUUGUUACUCGGCAUUCUGUAUCUUAUUCUUGUUUGUUCAUUUUAUUGAAACAGCCAACCUAGAUACUAAGCACUCCCCGAAAGGCUUGCUCAAGGUCCGUCUUGACUAUGGACUUGCAACGCAGCCAGUUCGUGGAAAUGAUGAAGGUGAAGGCUCCCAUCGUUGGGUUUGGUCGACAUAUCUUGAAUUCAAAGACCCAGUGUCAUCUAUUACCGACUAUCAGAUUCGGAUGAUGGCUCAGAAUGCACACAAGGAGAUGGAAAUUGACAUGAUGCAAUAUGACCCUGAAGAUGAAGAUGGCCAAUUCGCGAUUCUUCCCACGGUCAUGACCAUUCUCGCCUGGGAUAAUAAAAUUAUCUUGGCAUCUUCUCAGAGAGGAAGAUCUGGCUUCAUCAACGAGUGGCCCCAAAGCCCGGUGAAGCUCUCACUGGAUCGCUGCAGUGUCUUCUGGAGGGAGCGUGCCCUUGCCAAUCCCGAUUACUCGAACCCAUACUCGUGGCACAGGAAUAAAGCGAAGUGCGGAGAAGUCAAUGCAUUCCACCUAUACUACAUGAUAAAUGACCAGCCAAUACCUGAUCUCAACCCCAAGAUGCGUGUCACCUCUGUCAGGAAACAGGGCCAGAGCUAUAUCAUAGUGCCACCAUGCGGUCAAAACAAGAAUGGUGUCGACAGCAAGACUGAAUGGGGCUGCAAUCUCUUGGUCCCUGAUCAAAAAGUUAAAUACCUCAAUGACGACGUUCAACCCAAAGGCUAUGGUUUGAAAAAGAUUGCAGGAGGUGUACAAAGGCAAGGUCAGAUUCAGAUGUGCACAAGGAAUCGCAUAAUCUGGGAUGGGGAGUAAAGCGUGGCCAGGUUUCGGUCUCUCUUACAACUUAGCCGUAUGGUUUAUGAAGCUGGUUGUAUUUAUCUUUGUUAAAUUUGAUGGUCUUUCGGCAUAUUCAUUUGUCUUGUACUCAGCUAUCACGUAAUAAAAUAUCUUUGCUCGCGGUUUCUAGUCCGGAAA